UAGUCUCAGCAUGACAUGCACAGUGACGCUGUUCGCAAAGCAGUUUAAAAGAGCUAUGUAAAAACAUAAACAGCAAGUCGUAAGGACUUCUUAGUGAAGUGAAGGUAGCACCGAUUCGAAGAUGGCUGUUUCAAGAAAAUUAUUGCUUCUAGUUUUCUUUUUUAUCUCUUUUACUCAUGGGCACAGAGAUCUACCGAAUAUUUUAAAGGAAAUAUCUCAAGCUUCAAACACAUUCGGCGUUAACCUACAUCGAACGAAAACUCGCAUUUCUGGUGGAGAAACAAACACAUUGUUUUCACCUCUCAGCAUUUUUACAGCCUUUGCAAUGCUUAAUGUUGGGGCACGAGGAGAGACGGCAUACCAACUGCACAAUGUCUUGAACUGGGGUGUCAUUGCCCAUCCAAAUGACGAUAUCAAGCCUGAUGACAAAAUACGAAAGUUCCUGACGUCCGCCUUUGACAAGUACUCUAGUGAUGUCAAAUUAGCAAAUAGCCUUUGGGUUCAGAAAUACUUCUGUUUUUCAGUUUGUAAACAGUACGCAAAAAUUUUGCAAAGGAGCUAUUUUUCUGAUAUCAGAGCGGUCAAUUUUAUGGGCACGCCAGAAAUUGCCAGAGAGGAAAUCAAUAGCUGGGUUUCUCAAAGAACGGAUGGUAAGAUCAAAGAAUUGAUGGAAAGUGGUUCAAUCACACCAAUGACAAGAUUAGUGUUAACUAAUGCAAUUUAUUUCAAGAGCAACUGGAAGUAUCGCUUUGACCAAUUGCAGACAGCCAAGAAACGUUUUUCCGUGUCAAGAGGCAAAGUGGUAGAUGUUGACAUGAUGCAGACGGAAACCAAAUUGAUGUACACAGAAGAUGCUGAAAACCAAGUGGUGGAGCUUCCAUACAAUGAUGCGAACAUAUCGAUGGUUAUUGUGUUGCCUCAAGAUAAGUACGGCAUAAAAAAGCUGGAGAGCAGUUUUACAGACAAGAUGCUGAAGAGGUAUCUCGCCAAACUAAGCAACAAGACGGUAACGUUGUGGCUUCCGAAAUUCAAAAUUGAGAGUGAUAUUCAUUUAAAGGAUUAUUUAAGCUUGAUGGGGGCCCGAGACGUGUUUGACCCAAUAAACGCCGAUCUAAGAGGUAUAACAGGGUUCAAAGGCUUUUUCGUUACCCACGCCAUACACAAAGCAUUUGUUGAAGUGAAUGAAGAAGGUACUGAAGCAGCAGCAGCCACGGGAAUUACCGCGGGCUUUCGCAGCAUCAAUCCGGAUGAAGUCAAUUUCAUCGCCAAUCACCCAUUUAUAUUUACCAUUAUCCACCGCCCAAGCGCGACAAUCUUGUUCCAUGGCGAAAUUGUUGACCCAACAGUUCGGGUAACCUCAACACACUUGAAAUGACAUAAUAAACACUUCUUUUUAGCAAUGCCCUAACAACACUGUUAUCCACAAUUUCUUUAUAUAGGACGUCGAUUUUAUGUUUUUGAAACAUGUUUAGGCAUAAUAUUCUUGCUGUUAUUAAAUAAAAGUGUUUGUAGG